GAUCCCGAUACAAGAUUCCGCGGAUAGAAGCGAAAAAAAGCCGCGAAGGAAAUGCACUUGGAAGAGAAAUUUUUUCGGAACUAUCCAGUGUUUUUUUCUUGGGUGCAUUCGUAAAAAAAGCCAGCAAAGAGAGGAACAAAAAAAGAUACCGAUACUCAAUUGGCACUUUCAAUUGGACGCUCAAUACUGCACAUAUAAAUUUGGAUCACCGAUAUAGAAUAACUUCUCGGAUCAGAAAAAAUAUCAAUGCUGGUGUGAUCCAUUAUAAACGCUUGACAUCGUUAGAUCAAUGGACUGACAAUAUGAAAUUCAAUUACAUAAAAUACAUUGAGAUGAUAAUUUUGGAAAAUCCAAUCAGCGGUAUCAGCCCAAUUCGCACUUUAUCAACAAUAAAACUAAAUGAUACAAUCGACAACAAUCAAUGUAUUCGUAUGAAAAUCAUCGAAUCUUUUAGUUCAUUUUGGAAUUCUAGCAUUUUUACAUCACAAACUGUCCCACAAAAAAUUUUUAUGGAUGAAUUAGAAUUGAAGGACCGAUUGAACCAUUCUGUGUUCAGUGAGGCGACAGACGAGCUUCGCAUAGUUAAAUAUUUCUUCCAUGAUGGCUAUUACUUUUUAUCCACUAAAGAUCAGAAAUUUAAUGAACAUGAGAAACACAAUUUGAGGGGAUCCCUGCUACUCUGUCAAUCCGAUAAUUAUCCAGCGAGCUUUGUCUUGGCUGGAAUAUUGAUUGAUACAAUUGACGGCUUUCCACUGUAUGAUUUUAUCAGUCAGAAUAAGAAGAUACAAGAUCAACUUGACAUCAUCGAAGGACUUGAACCAAAAUUUAAAGAUAACAACUUGGAAUUGAUUUUACGCUCGUAUGUUAGUCAGCUCUAUCCGAAAAAUUAUAAAUUAAAAACUAAUAUCUUAUAAAAUUUUAAUGAGAAAUAUUUGUAAAUGUCCGUAAAAAUAUGUGAGAUAAAUGGUACAUUAGAAAACGAAGAUUAAAUUUUUUGUUUCGUCAUCACUACCUAUAUUUACUUCCCACUUUAGUUUGUUUGUAAUGUUCUCCAACAGCGCUCUAAAAUGCCAUUCCAAACUAAUUCAGAAUCUUCAAUAAAUGGCCCCAUAAUUGCACCAACUUCAUCUUCACGGUACAAAAACCUAUCGCGUUAACAAGACUUGAUUCUAACGAUACAAAAAAAGCAUACCCGUUACAAUUGCACU